AUGUCGACUGUCACAACUUCCGUUCAUCCUAACGCAGUUCAAGGACCAACCGGACAACCUGGACUCCCCGGUGUGACUUCAACUACUACAACACUACUCGGCGCCUCCACGAGCGUCCCAACCACGUCGAUAAAUCCUCUUUUAACGACAGUCAAUUCUGUAUCAACACCAACUCCUCCUACUCCACCACCAAUAAGCUCUCCUUUGGCGUCGGCAAUUUCUUCUUAUCCAUCGAUCACGUCUAGCAGCACGUCGUCGGGAGGCUUGGAUGGACAAGCGUCAAUGAGCUUCACCGGACGUCCGAAUGGAUCGAAUACGACCAGCUCAACCCAGCCGGAGCGUACGUUUUUGGCUGGCGCUUCUACAGCUUCUUCGUCGGGUAUGCCUGCCGGAGCUGUUGCCGGAAUUGCGAUCGGAUGCCUUAUUGUUGGUUUACUUGCUGGGCUAUUGGCAGCUUGUGUUAUCCUUCGUCGAAGGAGAGACCAAGCAAAUGAGGCAAACGGUGUCGCUAUUUAUCAUGAUUUUAUGGCUCCAGCCAACGAGAAGGCAACAGAAACUCCUGCAACCACCCAAGCCAGUAGUAUACGACUCGACCGGUUCCUCCUAGAAGCGAUUCCGGAUAGAGAGAUUGCGCAGGAAGUGCAAUCGCUGGGGGCGCUUAUACAGCAGCAUGUCGGAAGCUAUUACCACCCGAAACCAGUCCAUGCUAACAUAGGGGGCCUUUCUACAGCUCUAACAAGACUUGGAUUCUCAGGUACGGGCUCGUCUGUAGGUGCGCAAAGAAUUGCAGCCUUAUGUCUUGACCCAAAAACCCGAUCCUUUGGCAUUCGUCAUGUUAUUAUGCACGCAGCGUUCAAGAGCAUCGACUUUUCUUCACAAAACGACAUCCCGUCUAUGGUACCAUGGCCAAUUACGUCGUUCUUACAAGCGAUGCCUCCAGACAAACAUGAUCAAACUAACGAUCCUCAAGCGAUGUCGUUGGUUCUACGCAGAUGGCGCAACCUCUCAGUGUUUCUCUUACAUCCCAACCGCAGCUAUCGGACGCCUCUACCCAUGGACGAGUCUGGAAUCGGUCUGCAAGCUCGGGAACUGACCGAAUCACUUAAUCUGUUUCUGGGGGUCUUUGUGGCACCGGACGCAGCCAGCAUGCAACAGCAGGAGAACAACUGGUUGUACAGCUGCGUAAUACUUACAGUGGACCGCUUGUUUACAGUCCUAGUUACAAUCUGUUAUGUAUCUCUGUUGUUGAAGUGGACGUUUUGA